AAGGGGUGCUUCCUCUUCAGCUUGGGCUAAGCUGCUGAUGUAUCCUAGAAGCCCCGGUCCGUAGCAACAGGAAACCUUGGUAUAAAAACCCGCGUCGCAGGGGGAACCCUCCUAAGUGUCUCUCAGCCGCAGCAUGACCAGGACCGAGAGCCUGAGAGUGUGGACUUAACAAGACAAUGCCCAGCCUAAUCGUCGAACCACCCAACACACAACACUUCAUCAUGGACAGAGAUGACAGGAAGAGAAACAAGAACCUCGGAAAGAACUUUAUGUGCCGACUCCAGUGCAUGUUCUCACACUCAUCAAGCUCUGAGAGCAGGCUAAGUUUAGAAGAUACCCAACAAUGGUCACAGUCACUGGAAAGGCUUCUCGAGUCUAAAUAUGGGUUGGCCACUUUUCGCAACUUUCUGAAAUCUGAAUACAGCGAUGAGAAUAUUGAGUUCUGGCUCACUUGUGAGGACUACAAGAAGAUCAAGUCUUCAUUCAGAAUGUCCUCAAGAGCCAAGAAGAUUUAUGAGCAGUUUAUCAAAGCAGAAUCUCCUAAAGAGAUCAACAUUGACUACCACACCCGAGAGCAGAUCAAAAGGAAUGUCAAGACUCCCACCAUGCACUGCUUUGACGACGCUCAGAAGAUAGUUUAUGGGCUGAUGGAAAGAGACUCGUACCCGCGGUUCCUCCGCUCAGACAUUUAUAGAACUCUCCUGGAAAACCUUGCAGCAGACGCCACGAAGGGAUGAAAGCGCAGUCAGGGGGAGAGAGAGAGAGAGAGAGAGAGAGAGAGAGAGAGAGAGAGGACAUAAAACCCAUAACUGGAAUGUUUGAGCUCCUUCAGAAGGAAGGACCGACAAAAAAAAAGGAAGGAGUGUCUGCCGCACGCCACACGGACACCUACAGAGGCCUCGCACCUCGCGGUCGUCACUCGAUCCAGCCGCAAACUGUGCCUCAGUCCUGUCACGGGAGGAUCGAAACACUGAGCACGUCACACCUGAGGACUGUGUAACAAGGAGAAGAAGAACAAACAUGACCAGCCUUAAUGACAAUAUGUGGUGUCUGGUGUGUUUGCACUGGAUGAUUAGUCUGUGUACGCAGGCGAAUUGACCACUUUUGACAAUGAAUGAAUCAGCGAGGGGACUGAUGCCCGCUUUGACUGGUGCUGCGUCAGCAAACCAUGCUGCGGACCUCCUUUGACCUUUUUUGCAGAGGUGCUUCCUGUGCAGAGUAAGAUGGAGGAUGAAAAAUGCAACGGUCACGCUCGAUUAGUUGUGUUUUUGUGUGGUGUGUGUGUCUGAGAGGGUGAAAGUGAGUAUUUAGUUGUAGCUUUUAACUGCCACUGAUAUAGAGUAAGAUGUCGUGAAAAGAGUUGGCCAAUUCUCUAAUGAGAGCACUAGGGAAGACAACAAAUCCAUAGCAGAUAGAGGACUCAAUAGUGAUGUCUUUUAGAAGGCCACUUAAUUCUGCAAGAGGCAUUCUGGGACACUUCAAAGGGAGAUUUUUCUUCUUUUAUAAAAUCUUUUUUAGAUUUUACCGAUUUCUUUAGAUUCAAAGCUGCCUGUUGGGGAUAUUUGUGUCAAUAUUAAAUAUAUUUCUAAUUUUCAAAUAAAAAAGUAGCUGGUGUUUUAAAAAAGAAUCCAGAAUAUAUAUAUUUAUUUUAUGAUGACAAACCAUAAUCAUGCACAUUUUCUCGUUUGGAAUCUGAACCAAAUUCUGCACUACAGCAAGAAUACGUUCCCUUUUUACAGCCGGUCGCGAUGUAAUUCCUCAACACACAACUACUGGCCGUUAUCUUAUUCCAAACCAACUUCUUACAUCACUGCAAGUGUCAAGAGUUGUGAUUUUAUUUAAUAAACUAUUUGAGUGGAAUUAUUAUAGAGACAGAAUGUUUCACCUUGCAUGAUAGGAUGUUAAAACCCUGAGAAUAUGCCAUAUUCUUGCUUUCCAAAGCAUGUUGUUUGAAUGUAUUCUUAAGGGUGGAAUGUUAAGUUAACUUAAAAGUUUAAAAAGUGUAUUAUUUAUUGUUAAUUAUCACCAGUUGAGUACAAAGUGUUUUGCAGUGUUGAAGUGAUUGUUAAAAUGUUAGUCAUUUGAACGACAUUAAAUUAUUUAAAUUGCCAUUCUUGGAAUAAAGUGAAACUUUUUUAGUUUCACACACUCACACACACACACACACACACACACACACACACACACACACACACACACACACUAGAGUCCCUGCAUGAUCUAUUAUUUGUCACAUUACAGCUUUUUGCAAAUUUUGUCAAAUGGGCUGUUUAAAGAAGAUAGCACCACACUUCUAGUGAAAUAGAUCUUAAAACAUCGCAUUACAAAAUAUAUGGCAUGUUUGCAUAAUGAUUGUCUGUUAUAUGUUUAAAGCAAUACUCCACUGCAUAAGCAUGGAAACAUGCAGGCUGUGCCAAGUUCUGGUGGGCCGAAGACCUAUUUUCAUUGUUGUGGAGAAACAACUACAGUGCAGUUGUUGACAAGGCUUAACACUCCAUCCUACGGAGUGAUUAGGUAUAUAUACAGUUCUUUAUAAAUAGCGCUCCUGGUCUCUCAUAUUCAAAUAUUUUCAGCAUUUUACUUUAGGAGAAGGUGCAUUCAAACUGAGAAAGUGAGUGCAGAUAUACAGUAUAUGAUGAUAGUCACAGAAUAUUGAAAGGAAAACCCAGCAUAAGCGUGCUUUGAAUUUUUUUAUGCAAAAUUACAUCAAAUCGCCAUGAUCCCUGUGAUAUCCGAUAUGCUUGCAGUUUCCUGUUAUCCUUUGUGUUAUCACAGAAAAGCAUCUGUUGGCUCGGAAAUUAGUGAUAAAUGAUAUGUGCUGUUUUAGAAACAGGAAGGCCUGGACUUCCAGUUUAUUUAUGAGUCAUUGUGAACAAUGAGAUUUUCUCUGAACUGUUCAAUGAAACAAAUUAAAAGAGUUUUUGGCCUAUUUUUAGUGGGUUUUCCUGUUUUUUAAAAAUACGGUAUAUACGUGCUCAUUUUGGUGGAAAAGGGUAUAAAGGUAAGAUAUAGGCUCUUCCAUGUCUUCUGACCGCAACCCACAAUAUCUGUUAAGACUUUUCUGACAAAAUUUGAAGUGUACCAUAUUCCUUUUAACACAUUACUUGCCACCACCAUGUAAUGCACUGUAAAGAUGUCUUUGCCAUUCCACAUACGUAUUUUUGUGAGAUCAGGUUGUGACCAUCCCAUGUCAGCCAAUGGACUGCUGAGGUAAAAUACCAGAGCAAUGGAUUGGUGAGCUAACAUGUAAUAACAAAAAAUCAAAAAAAUUGUAGGUAGGAGUGCACCGUGGGUAGAUCAGGGCAUUCCCAAUAAAAACACAACUUGCUUGUGUAGACAUUUUGUAAACUUGCACUAGCAGUCGAUAACUUUUUGCAAAGAACCCAUUAAUUAUUACUGAUUGGAAAUGUUUGUCAGACUCAACAGCAGGUAAGAAAGCAGGUACACUCAUUACCAUGACAGCAACAAUUGUUUUUCUCAACGUGUCUGUCUAUGCAAACACAUACUGUCAGCAGUCAACACUGCUGCAGGUAAUUUACUGUAGAGCAUUUGCAAUC